CUCUCCCUCCGCUUCCCUGCUCUUCCCAGCGCCUUCCCUCGUGUUCCCGUGCUUCCCUGCUUUUCCCUCUCUUCCCUCCUGUCCCCGUGUUUCCUUCCUUUUCCCAGGGCCUUCUCUCCUCUCCCCCCGCUUCCCUGAUCUUCUCUGUGCCUUCCCUCCUGUCCCCCUGCUUCCCUGCUGUCUCCGUGUUUCCUUCUUCUUCCCUGUGUCUUCCCUCCUCUUUCGUGUCUUCCCUGCUUUCCCCCCCCCGCUUCUCUCCUCUUCCCCAGCCUGAGCUUUCGGGACUUCGCUCGCUGCAGGGAGGAACAUUGGUCCGAGCCGCCUGUGGGGAGAAGGAGAAGGCGAGCGGUUCAGUUCCGGAGGAGCUGGCGAGUUGCCUCCCUGCCGGUGUCCCUGGGCUGCGUGCAUCCCAGCCGGCGCUCGGACGGACAGGAAGGCAGACAGACGGACUGACAGCAGCCAGCGAGCCAUGAAGUUGUGGCUCUGGAAUCGCCGUGCGCCCCGCGGCGGGGGCGAGCGUGGAGGAUCGGGAUGCACAGCGCUGGAGAUCGACACCGGCUUCAAUAAACCAUGUAAUGGAGGCAGUUCUGGAUCUCUGGAAGGGCUCGAGUGUCUGCAACAGUGAAUGUUAUCUGGUGGUGGAUGUGGAGUUUAAAACAUCAUGUCUCGACAUCUCGUCCUCAACUAUCUAUCUUUAAUCUGAUUGCACUACAAAAGAAAAGCUGCUAAUAGGAUAAAUGUUGAGACUUUACAAGAACUGACUUGAAGUACCGAAAGCCAUUAUUAUUAAUCAAAAAGAGCUUGAAGUGAAGUCUGUAUCUGAGCAGUCAGUAUCAUUUCCACAAACAGGCAUGGCAAGUAAACGAAAAUCAACAACACCAUGCAUGGUAUUAGCCAAUGAGCAGGAUCCGGAUCUAGAAACAGUAUCAGACUUGGAGGAAGUACCACCUAUACUUGCGCCAACAGAUAACCCUACAGCAGAGAGCGUAACAAGUGAUGAGGAUGUUCAUGAGGGUAUGGAUUCAGACAAUCAGAAAAAUACAAAUAAGGUAGAAGGUGGUUACGAGUGUAAAUACUGUACUUUUCAGACUCCAGAUCUCAAUAUGUUUACUUUCCAUGUGGAUUCAGAACAUCCCAACGUAGUAUUAAAUUCAUCCUACGUUUGUGUAGAAUGCAAUUUCCUUACCAAAAGAUACGAUGCCCUCUCAGAACAUAAUUUGAAGUACCACCCUGGAGAGGAGAAUUUUAAAUUGACCAUGGUGAAGCGUAAUAAUCAGACAAUCUUUGAACAAACAGUAAAUGAUCUCACUUUUGAUGGGAGUUUUGUUAGAGAGGAAAACGCUGAACAGGCUGACUCUCCUGAUGUCCCCUCAUCAGGGAUCUCAAUUAGCAAAACUCCUAUUAUGAAAAUGAUGAAAAACAAACCCGAGACUAAACGUAUUGCUGUUUUCCACAAUGUAGUUGAAGACAUUCCUGGUGAAGAAAAGGGAGCUGAAAAUGAGCCAAACUCUGAAGAAGUAGUAGAAAACCCACUGCCAGCAGUCUCUGAGUCAAAAGCGAGCCAUUCAGUUGUUUGCAGUGCAGCGGAUGUGGCUGGUGCGGUAGUGACUCCAGCACCAGUGCUGCAGCCCGGGGUGGCACAGGUUAUAACAGCUGUUACAGCUCCACAGAACUCAAACGUGAUUCCAAAAGUCCUGAUACCUGUUAAUAGCAUUCCAGCUUAUAAUACUGCUUUGGAUAACAAUCCUCUUUUGCUUAACACCUACAACAAAUUUCCAUAUCCAACAAUGUCAGAAAUCACUGUUCUUUCCACUCAAGCUAAGUACACAGAGGAGCAGAUUAAAAUAUGGUUUUCUGCCCAGCGUCUGAAACACGGUGUGAGCUGGACGCCAGAAGAAGUGGAGGAAGCAAGGAGGAAACAAUUUAAUGGCACAGUGCAUACUGUGCCACAGACAAUUACUGUUAUUCCAGCACACAUUUCCGCUGCUAGCAAUGGUUUACCUUCAAUUUUACAGACAUGCCAAAUAGUUGGUCAGCCAGGACUUGUUCUCACUCAAGUUGCAGGUGCAAAUACGUUACCAGUAACAGCCCCAAUAGCUUUGACCGUAGCGGGAGUCCCAAACCAAACACAGUUACAGAAGAGUCAGAUUCACACUGCUCAGCCUGUUGCAGAAACCAAACAAGUAGCUGCCGUUCCAGCCCCUCAGCCUAUCAAAAAUGAAUCCACGCUAGUAAACCCUGACUCCUUUGGCAUCCGAGCAAAAAAAACAAAGGAACAACUGGCAGAAUUGAAAGUGAGCUACCUUAAAAAUCAGUUUCCUCAAGACUCGGAAAUUGUUAGACUUAUGAAAAUUACAGGCCUUACUAAAGGAGAGAUCAAAAAGUGGUUCAGUGAUACACGCUACAAUCAGAGAAACUCAAAGAAUAAUCAUGGGAUUCAUCUCAACAGUGAUUCAUGUGCCACCAUUGUUAUUGAUUCAAGCGAUGAAAUGAAUGAGUCCCCAACGGGAGUCACUCCGCAGAGCAAGUCAUCAUGGAGCGCUUUUCCUGAUUUCACCCCACAGAAAUUCAAAGAGAAGACUGCUGAACAGCUGCAAGUCCUCCAGGCGAGUUUUCUGAAUAACCCUGUCCUUACCGAUGAAGAGAUGAAUAGGUUAAGAGCCCAAACCAAACUCACCAGGAGAGAGAUUGAUGCCUGGUUUACAGAUAGAAGGAAGUCAAAUGUCUUGAAGGAAGAGGGAGCGGACUUGAAUGAGAGCAAUGCUGGCAGCUCAAAAGAAGAGGCUGGAGAAACAUCUGUGGGAGAUGGAGCAGCAGGAGCAAAAUCAGGGAGUUCUACUUCGAGCAAAAUAGGCAAAAAAUCACCAGAGCAGUUGCACAUGCUUAAAAGUUCCUUUGUCCGUACUCAGUGGCCAUCUCCACAAGAAUACAACAAGCUGGCAGAAGAAACUGGACUCCCAAGAUCAGAAAUUGUGAGCUGGUUUGGAGAUACUCGCUACGCCUGGAAAAAUGGUGGAUUGAAAUGGUAUUAUUAUUACCAGAGCGCCAGUCCAAACAGUGUGAACGGCCAGGGCUUUUCAAGAAAGAGAGGGAGAGGAAGACCAAAAGGGAGGGGGAGAGGGAGGCCUCGAGGGAGGCCUCGGGGAAGCAAGAGGUUAAAUUGCUGGGACAGAGGGGUGUCUGUCAUAAAAUUCAAAACUGGAGCAGCAAUCCUGAAGGAUUACUAUAUGAAGCACAAAUUCCUUAAUGAGCAAGACCUCGAUGAACUGGUAGCCAAAUCUCACAUGGGAUAUGAGCAGGUCAGAGAGUGGUUUGCAGAGAGGCAAAGAAGAUUAGAACUUGGAAUAGAGCUGUUUGAUGAGAAUGAGGAGGAAGACGAAAUGCUGGAAGAUCAGGAAGAUGAGGAAGAAACAGAUGAUAGUGAUACUUGGGAACCCCCCAGACAUGUUAAGCGUAAACUUUCAAAAUCAGAUUGAUGUGCAGUUUGGGGGCCAAAAGCCUGUGAAUUCGGUUUGAUGUUAUGGUGAGGAGCCAGCUGAUGUUUCCUGGCCUUCAGUUUAGCAAGCACCUGCUUUGCAUCUUCCUUGCACCUAAAAGAACAUGGGCAAGAUGCUACCUGUGCAGGCAACAACUAUUUGCUUCCUAGCUACAAGAGAUGGACAUCCUCAGGCCUAGCCUAGGACGUGGGGUUAUAAAUCGGAUCCAUUUCGGCUCCUCCUCUUCCACAUUACUUAUGGGAAGGUUCAUGUUCAUCCUUCACGUGACUGUUUCUCAAUAUUUAAUUGCCUUAUGUUAAUUCCAAAAAAACCACAGACACAUUUUUUUCAUUGAUGUAGGAGAACAUUGCCUGCUUGUGAAGGAGGAAAAAACAAAAAUCUGAGAUGUCUUUUUGCAAACAUCGCUUCACCUGAGAGGUUUCAAAGCCCGGGUUUAUUUCUUAAGUUCAAAAGAGAAGGGGAAAAGUGUAACAAAGGAAUCAGUGAAGCUAGGAGUGAGGAUUGCUUGGUGUACAAAAAAGAGCUGCCCAGUGUGGUGAAGGGGAAGCAGUUCUUGAAAAAGUUCAAGAUAACUGGUUAACUGUGAAUGGGCCUAAUCUUUCAUGAAACCAAGAAAAUUUUUGGACACACACAGGACUUGAAUACUCAAAAGGAUUGGAACUUAGUGUUGUGCCAAAGUUAAACUACUGCAGUUGGCAGAAGUUCUGCACUGUAAAUAGAAGACUGAUUAAAAGACAGCUUGUAAAAAAAGAAAGAAAAAAA